AUCCACAUAAUACAUCCACCCACACUCACAGAUGACGACAGCAUCAUGGCUGAUAAUUAGCUGUUAAAGUUGAGCGAGUGUUUGCUGCUACUCACACAGACUGGUUGUUCAUACACAACAUCACUGAAAAAAAGACAAGACAAGAAAAGGGAGACAAAGAGAAUGGACAGCAAACCACUCAAAGUAGCCAUUCUGGUCGUCUCGACCACUGCAUACAAGGACCCCUCGACAGAUAAAUCCGAGCUCAUCCUCAAAGAUGUCAUCGAUAGCGAAGGCGGAGGCCGAUGGGAUGUUGUAGAGACCAAGAUCGUCUCCGACCAUGUUCCCCAUAUCCAGCGUCAAGUUAUGUUAUGGGCGGAUAUUGGCUUCGAAGCCGUCGACUUGAUUCUCACCACUGGCGGCACUGGGUUCGCAGUUUCGGACCAUACACCGGAGGCUGUUGGCGCUUUGCUUCACAAGACCGCCCCAGGCUUGGUCCACGCAAUGCUCUCAUCUUCCUUGGCCGUCACCCCUUUUGCCAUGAUGUCUCGGCCUGUUGCCGGUGUCAGGCAUCAUACCGUGAUCGUCACUUUGCCGGGUUCUCCCAAGGGCGCCAAGGAGAACCUGCAGGCUAUACUCAAAACCCUGCCUCAUGCUUGUCUCCAAGCGAAGGGGUUGGAUUCCAGAGCCUUGCAUGCAGGGGGCGUCAAGAAGUUGGAAGAAGAUGCGGGGAUUGGUUCGAGCCAACAGGCUUCGGAACACCAUUCACACCUCCACCAUCACCACAGUCAUGGUCAUGGUCAUGGCCAUGGCCAUUAUCACGACCACAGCCACGGACAUGGCGGCGGCGGUCUGGUACGACACACUAAACCAGGAGAGAACCCCAUCUCAAACGAUCCUAGUCUUGGACCGACCCGCCGUCAUCGGGAGUCACCAUAUCCAAUGCUCUCCGUAGAGGAAACCCUCUCCCUCAUCCAAGAGCACACACCAGAGCCGCAGGUCGUCGCUUCCAAAGUCGAUUCCAGCAUCAUCCAUUCGGUUCUCGCCGAGGAUGUGACGGCCAAAGAGAGCGUGCCGGCUUUUCGCGCCAGCAUCGUCGACGGCUACGCGGUUGUCGUGCCCCAAGGCGGGAACAUGAAGGGCGUCUACCCUGUCACGGCCAUAUCCCAUGCCGCCCCGGGAGACAUCGGCGCCCUGAAAGAGGGAGAGAUCGCCCGCAUCACCACCGGCGCUCCGCUCCCUCCCGGUGCCACCUCGGUGAUCAUGGUCGAGGACACGGUGCUGAAAUCCAAAACCGACGACGGCCAGGAGGAGAAGGAGGUCGAGAUCCUCGCCGACGGCGUCAAGCCGGGCGAGAACAUCCGCGAAGUCGGCAGCGACGUCAAGGCAGGCGAAACGAUCCUCGAGCAAGGGGAGCAGAUCUCCGGCGUCGGCGGCGAAAUCGGUCUCCUCGCCUCCGUCGGCGUCGCCGAGGUCCAGACGUACAAACGGCCCGUGAUCGGGAUCCUCUCGACGGGCGACGAAAUCGUCGAACCCCUCCGCCCGGGGCCCCUCCGUCUCGGCGAGGUCCGCGACACCAACCGCUCGACCCUGACCGCCGCGGCGCGCGAGCAGGGCUUUACCGUCGUUGACCUGGGCAUCGCGCGCGACCGGCCGGGCGCCCUCGAGGAGGUGCUGCGCGACGCCCUGCGCCGCGCCGACGUCGUCCUCACCACGGGCGGCGUGUCGAUGGGCGAGCUGGACCUGCUCAAGCCGACGGUCGAGCGCGCCCUCGGCGGGACGAUCCAUUUCGGCCGCGUCAACAUGAAGCCCGGCAAGCCGACCACGUUCGCCACCGUGCCGGUCAAGACCGACGCCGGCGACCGCGUGCGAAAGCCGCUCUUCGGCCUCCCCGGGAACCCGGCCAGCGCGCUGGUCACGUUCCACCUCUUCGUGCUGCCCGCGCUGCAUAAGCUGGCCGGCGUGACGCCCGUGGGGUUGCCGAAAGUUCCGGUGACGCUGGCGCACGAUUUCCCGCUGGAUAAAGGCCGGCCGGAGUACCACCGGGCCGUGGUGGCGGUUGGGCGGGACGGGAAGCUGGCGGCGAGCAGCACGGGGUGGCAGCGGAGUUCCAGGGUGGGGAGCUUACGGUCUGCCAAUGCUUUGCUCUGCAUGCCCAAGGGAGCUGAGCCUCUGAAGAAGGGCAGCGAGGUUGACGCCUUGUUGAUGAGCAAUGUCCGUUCCGAGUUGUGAUGCGCCGGGGGUCAUGGUGACAGUUCACUCAGCUAGCUCCAGGGCACACACGAUGUCUCACGUCCAAUUCGAAAAAGCUCUGCAAAAGUCGAUCGAAUACAUGCCCAUU